AUGAUUAUAAAAUUGACCCUACCAACAACAUCCUCCCAGGUAGCAUUGCCGUUUUGUAGUCGAACCAAUAAGCUUAAUUUUACUCCGGCGAGUGGUCUGGAGAAGAAGAGACUCAACCAACCCCGUUUUAUGAUCAACUGUGGGAAAUCAUCACAAUCACCGAUUUCACCGCCUCUGGAGAUCAUCAAUCAAUUUUCUGCAGCCACCAAGGGAAAGUUGGAACCUGUUAAUGGGAAACCAGGGAUUGUUGAGUCUGCAAGAUUGUUAAAGGAUGGACUUAUUUUCCAACAAAACUUUACAAUCAGAUCGUUUGAGAUAGGAAGUGAUUUCAGAAUAUCCAUUCAAGCCGUGAUGAAUUAUUUACAGGAAACAUCAAUCAACCAUCUCAAGUGUUUAGGAAUAGUGACUGAUACUUUCGGCUCAACAUUAAAUAUGGCUGCAGAAAACCUGAUAUGGGUGGUUUGUUGGUCGCAUGUGGAGGUGGAUUACUACCCUUCAUGGGGUGAUGUUGUUCAAGUAGAGACUUGGAUGUAUAGGUCAGGGAGGAAUGGCUUUCGUCGAGACUGGCUGAUCCGAGACUUGAAAACAGGCAAAACUCUGAUUCGGGCAACCAGUUUAUAUGCGAUGAUGAAUAAGAAAACAAGGAAAUUUGCUAAGCUGAACGGGGAAGUCAUCAUAGCAGACCUGAAACCUUUUUUCACGCACUGUGACCCUCUCAUCAACAAAGAUGGCAGAAAAUUUCUGCACCUCGAUACUGAUAAAGCAGAUUACAGUCGCACUGGUUUAAAUCCUGGAUGGAUGGAUAUGGAUGUCAAUCAACAUGUGAGCCAUAUCAAACUGGUUAACUAUGUUCUGGAGGGUGUUCCUCGCUCAUUUGUGGAGAGUCAUGAGCUUUGCGUCAUGACCUUGGAGUAUCGGAAGGAGUGCAAUGUGGAUAGUGUGAUUCAAUCUCUAUCCAAAAUCAGUGGCAAUCACUUGAUAGAUAAUCAAGGAAUUGAGUUCGAUCAUUCGCUCCCCCUUGAGUGCGGACCAGAAUUAGUAAGGGGAAGGACGAGGUGGAGAAAAAAGUUCUGUGGCAAGGACAAAGUUUCUGAAUAA